CCACUGCUCGACCCAAACUAUGAACGAGGAGAUGACAAAAAGCGAGGAGCAGCAUCUGAGUUUGCAGAAAGCCUUGCAGCAGUGCGAGUUGGUGCAGAACAUGAUAGACAUAAGCAUUUCCAGUUUGGAGGGUUUACGGACCAAAUGUGCCACAUCCAACGACUUGACACAGAAGGAGAUACGCACGCUGGAGGGGAAGUUGGUGAAGUACUUCAGCCGCCAGCUGUCCUGUAAGUGCAAAGUGGCCUUAGAGGAGCGCAGUGCUGAGCUGGAGGACUUCCCUCGCCUCUGCCACUGGUUCCGCAUCGUCAACCUGAGGAAAGAGGUCACGCAGGAGAUGAGCCCAGGUGAGGUGACUCUGGAGGGUCUGCUGGACAUGAGUGAGGAGCAGGUGUGUGAGCUGCUGCAGAAGUUUGGUGCCAACGAAGAAGAGUGUGCCCGACUCAACGCCUCGCUCUCCUGCCUCAGAAAGGCCCACCAGCUCGAACAACUUGAGGAGGAUAAAUUGCACAGUAACGGAGGGAGCCAGGCGAAGCAGGACUGGUCCAUCCAGUGGCCCACCUCUGAAUCGGGCAAGGAGAACACUCCGGUGUGCCAGCCUGAGGCCAGUCAGUGGAUCCGCUUCCAGCUCUCCCAAAGCCCCAAAGUCCAGUCCAAGUACAACCAGCACAUGUGCCACAGCCCCCAGGCCCUGGCCCCCCCUUUGUACGUCGAUCGACUCACCGUCGACAGUUCAGCCACAGGGCUCUUCCCUUCCCUGGACUUCGGUCAUCGGUCCCUGCCCCCGUCUCCCCGCCAGAGGCAUUUUGGCCACACGCCUCCUCGGACUCCCCUGGUAAUCAACACCAUGACCCCGCCGGGCACUCCUCCCAUGCGGCGGAGGAACAAAGUGAAAGCCCCUGGAACGCCGCCUCCGCCCAGCCGCAAACUCAUCCAUCUGCUCCCGGGCUUCACCGCACUGCACCGCAGCAAAUCCCAUGAGUUCCAGCUGGGGAACCGUCUGGAUGACACGCAGACACCAAAAGCCAAGAAGAAGACCAAGCCCUUGAACCUUAAGAUCCACAGCAGCGUGGGCAGCUGUGAGAAUCUGCCCACGCAGCGCUCACCGCUCCACACCGAGCGAUCCCUGCGAUCCUUCUUCUUCCCCUCCUUCAUCCCCUCCACGCCUCCCGUCCACGCCGAAACACCCUCUGCAAACACUCUCUCAGUGCCUCGCUGGUCCCCACAGAUUCCCCGAAGAGAUCUGGGAAACUCAAUAAAACACAGGUUUUCCACAAAGUAUUGGAUGUCCCAGACAUGCAUAGUGUGUGGAAAGGGAAUGUUGUUUGGACUGAAAUGUAAAAACUGCAAGCUGAAGUGCCACAACAAAUGCACCAAAGAAGCCCCACCUUGCCAUUUACUGAUCAUACAGCGAGGCGGACGAGAAUCUCUCAAAGAUCACCAAGGAACGACUCAAGUAGCUCGUCUGGUACGGACAGAAUCAGUGCCAUGUGACAUCAACAACCCGCUCAGGUACACAGACCUGCACAUCAGUCAGACGCUCCCUAAAACCAACAAAAUCAACAAGGAUCACAUCCCAGUCCCGUACCAACCGGACUCCAGCAGCAAUCCCUCCUCCACCACCUCCUCCACCCCGUCCUCUCCAGCUCCGCCCCUGCCCAGCAGUGCCACGCCCCCCUCGCCACUACACCCGUCCCCACAGUCGGCACGGCAACAGAAACAGUUCAACUUGACGGCCUCCAGUUACUUCAAAUACAAACAACAGUUCAUCUUCCCAGAUGUUGCUCCGGAGGCUCCUCCCAGCAGAGCACCGCAGGUCAUCCUGCACCCUGUCCUGUCUGAACCCGGAAACGAGGGGAACCCUUUACUUCAAAUCGAGGUUGAACCUACAUCAGACAACGAGGAAGGUAACGACGAGGACUCUGGCGACGAGUUUGAGGAGAUGAACCUGUCGCUUCUGUCAGCUCGCAACUUCCAACGCAAGCAUAGCCAGACCAGCAUCUUCCUGCAGGAGUGGGACAUCCCAUUCGAGCAGCUGGGGAUCGGGGAGAUGAUCGGCAAGGGGCGCUUCGGCAAGGUUUUCCACGGACGUUGGCACGGCGAGGUGGCCAUCCGCUUGAUCGACAUCGAGCGCGACAACGAGGACCAGCUCAAGGCCUUCAAGCGCGAGGUGAUGGCGUACCGCAACACUCGCCACGAGAAUGUGGUGCUGUUUAUGGGGGCGUGCAUGAGUCCACCACAUCUGGCCAUCAUCACCAGCUUGUGUAAAGGCAGGACACUUUACUCGGUGGUGCGGGAUGCCAAGGUUGUGCUGGAUGUUAACAAGACCCGACAGAUCGCACAAGAGAUGGUGAAGGGGAUGGGCUACCUCCACGCUAAGGGGAUCUUACACAAAGACAUGAAGUCCAAGAACGUGUUCUACGACAACGGCAAAGUCGUUAUCACAGACUUUGGACUCUUCACCAUAUCGGGGGUUCUGCAGGCUGGCAGCCGGAGAGAAGACAAGCUGAGGAUCCCCAACGGCUGGCUGUGUCACCUGGCCCCGGAAAUCAUCCAGCAGCUUUCUCCGGACACAGAAGAAGACAAGCUUCCCUUCUCCAAACAGUCGGAUGUCUUUGCUUUUGGCACCAUCUGGUACGAGUUACACGCACGUGAGUGGCCUUACAAGAGUCAGCCAGCGGAGGUGAUCAUAUGGCAGAUCGGCAGCGGGAUGAAGCCCAACCUCGCCCAAACCGGCAUGGGGAAGGAAAUAUCAGACAUUCUGCUCCUCUGCUGGGCGUACAAGCAGGAAGAGCGGCCCAGCUUCUCCAAGCUGGUAGAUUUACUGGAAAAGUUGCCAAAACGGAACCGCCGCCUCUCCCACCCAGGGCACUUCUGGAAGUCAGCUGAGUAUGUUAAAUGAGUUAUAGGGACACAAUGAAAUAAAAUUUAAAAAAAAACAACAAAGCAAACAAUCAGCAACUUUUAAAAGUCAGCCGCCAUAACUCUACAUAAAUAGCCCACCUUAAAGAAUGCACUGAAUCCAAAAGCCAGCCCAGUGAUGAAAACUGCCCGUGCUGUGUGUAUUUUCAUGGAAUGUUGGCAUGUGUGUGUACAGAGAAGUUGACUGUCUGGUCUCUCCAAGCAGUCGGGACUCAUAUUUUCUUUGGUUUGAUUUAAACCAUUCUGGAUUUCUUUCCUUUAUCGUUUCUGUCUUUUAACCAGUGACCUGUUCCCUUCAUAAUAUUUGAUUCAUUUCCUGGAUGUAUCUCACCUGUAACUUUCUAACUUGUUCACAUCAUCUCAGACUUAUUCAGACACGUUUGAGAACAAAUGUGGAUUCCUGUUUCCCCCCCCCACCCCCUCAUGUCUCUUUGUUUUUGAAUGACUGUAACUGUUGCACAUCACAUUGUAUAUUUCCAUAACACUGUUCUGCCAUUUCUUAUGUGUGUCACCUGUGUAGACCAUUCUGUCCGUGUUACCUCACGGUCUCAUGUGUGGAUGUCUGUCCAGGUUCCAUGUUUGUCUCAGAAGAUUUAUUUGACUUACUAACAAUGUCCUCCUUAUUUACACUGAACCAUUUGAAUGUGAAGAAGCCAGCGUCCCUGUUGUUGCAGGGAUGUGUUGGCGCGAUUCUUUGAUGGGAGACUGUUCUCUGAUCAGCUUUGAAUAUUGCCUGUGAACAUAAGCGAGAUGUUUGAACAAUAUCAAGCCUUUGGUGGGGGGGGGGGAGCCGCUGGUCAGACCAGGACUCCCUCACUUGACGGCGUUCUGUCAAAUCGCUGACACUUAAAAUGUAUCUCGUCAACAGAACUAAUUACCCUCCAGAAAUGCUAUCACUGAGCCCCUCCCAUCUUCCCAGAAAUACAUGUAUAUUAUUUUCUUUAAAUAGCUAUUGAUGGAUACAGAAUAUAAUAGAUAAAAAUCAGUGCAGUAUAUCAAUAUGAACUGUGUAGACUCUAAUCAGUACUGAUAUUGAUGUUAGUUUUCUGAGUAGUAUUUGAUUUAAUAGUUUGAGAUGGAUUAAAGAUCUGGAUCUGAGGGGUGAAAUGAUUUAGAGCUGUGCAGGUUUUUAAAAUCCUCGUUCAGUGAAGAUGUGACGCGUCAAGGGAGAGAGAGCACGUGACCUUUAAAAAGACAAACGAAAACUCUUUGAGAAGUCAAAGUAAACUUCUGGGUUUGUUUUUGGCUUCAAAAGUUAAAAUGUUUCCGGUGUAACUUUGAAGCAGUGUUGUAGUCACUUUAAAUUAAAACAAAGCCUCAUUUGGAAACACGUUCAUUAGUUAAGAACAUUUGUUAAGGACUGAGGAAUUGUCUGAAGAUUAACUCCUCCAAAUGAUUGCUAGCUAUCAAAAUUAAAUUUCCAAUCCACGAUUAUAUACUUAAUUUAUUAAUUGAGAACCCAGCUCUGUAAAGGUGUGAUCAUACUGACUGGAAAGUGAAUUUUAAAGGCAGACCUUUCGAAUCGAACUGAAGAAACAAGGGUGGGGAUAAUUAACGCAGGACUGCACAAGGUUUCAAGAGACGGUUAUAAGAUCGUGCAAAGGCACAAUGACUUCUACCACAACGGUUCUUUCUGUAUGUAAAGAUGGAACAUCAUUUUCCCUUCCUCUCAUUGCAUGCACAGGGGAUAAAAUAUCGUGGGCAUGGUUGCAGCCAUCUUGCACUUUUGACCUCAUUUGAAGGUUUACGAGUUACACGUUCCCCGUAAUAGUCUCAGCUGUCAAUCAUGAUGUUUCACCCUGAUUUCAUAGCAUCAAAUAAGUAACUAAAACCAAACUUUCUGGAAAAUGAGCACUUGAAUAUGUCAGUUUGUCAGAAACUGCCUAAAAACGACAGAACCAUCUUCGGCGAAAAAUUAUUCAAAGUGUAAUUUGACUUGUUUUGGGCACUUGUCCCAUCAACUAACCUGGAGGAUGCAGGGUUAAUGAGCUAUACUAUGGUCUCGCCAUUGACGAGGCUGCUCUUGACUGCAACACUGCUAAAAAGGGCAUUUCUUUAUUUAACGUUUUCAUUCGUGCAAACCUCAAUAUUAAAAUGACUUCUUGAAUUAUAAAGUAAAAAUAAACAAGUACGUAACUUAAAUCUGGCUGAACUCUCCCUUUAACAUAUCAGAAAAGACAUAUCAGGAUGACCACCCCAGGCCAUUUUUCUACUUCACACUGUAUAUCAUAAUAUAUUUUAAAUGUGCAUUUUAGAGAUAUAACAAAAUCCGAGUCAUAUCAUCAUGAAUUCGAAGUCGUGGCGUCAUUUGAGCUGUAUACUGCUUUUGAUUCUCUCAAGCCACGUCAAAUACAUGGAGACAAUCCAGUCAUGUUAAAUAGCCAUUCCCACGUCAUUAUUUACACAUCUGCCAGUGUUGGAAAAUGCAUACAAACAAUCUGCUGCUGUUUUUUGGAGUCUGUCUGUCUAUUUUGGAAUUGCUGGGAUUCAAAUAUUGUAAGUGGAUCAUUUAUAUUUGUACUGUUUACAACUUUCAAGUGCAUGAGAUGGACUAUCAAAGAUUGAUUAUUGUUAUGAAAAAAAUACUCCUUCAACACUAAAGUAUAUGACCAUUUUUCUGAUGAACUGUUGUCCAUUGAGCAGUUUGAUCUCAACACCUAAAGAGGUUUAACGUCAGGCUUUGCGAAACUUUUCAACAUCUUUCUUUGGAAUUGUUUCAGUAUAUUUAUAGACUAUAUAAAUGAUUAGACUAGCAUUUAAAGAAAUAAAAAAAAGACCUGUGCACAUGCUAGAGAUUACACCCUGACUGGACAACAAUCAAAGAUCCAACAUUAGUGCCAAGUGUAUAUAACAGAUUGUAGACUAUGUUUUAUCGUCAAUUGCCGUAAAAACCAAUAUUCCUUGUGAAAUCUUUUGACUUCUUUCUUUUGAAUGUACAAAUUGUGUUGUGUUUUUUGGUUGUUUUUUGUUUUUUUGGUUCAUUUAAAUUUCUUUCCCUCCAUUUUUCUUCUAUAUUGCAUUAGCAUCAAUGCUGUGUCGUUUUUUUCCCUCUUGAUUUUCGUCCUUGUAUUGUAGAUUGAUAGCCACAAGACGCUUGUAUUUAAUGAUGCCUUAUGGUCCAUGGCUUAGUGAUGAGUAGAUUUUAAUUACAAGCUCUU